AUGCGGGUUUGGAGAUUGUUUCUGGGCGCUGCAGUAGCGUCUGCGGCGUAUGUUCCUGGGAAGGCUUUUGAUCGCUUUAUUACGAUAUGGUUGGAGAAUCAGGAUUUCACUGCAGUAGAGAAGAAUGCGGAUAUCCAGGCGUUGGCGAAGGAGGGCGUUAUGCUGACGCAGUACUAUGGACUCACGCAUCCAAGUCAACCGAAUUACAUUGCUUCGAUAGGAGGAGAUUAUUUUGGGCUGAACCAUGAUGGUUUUGUGAGGAUACCACAGAAUGUGUCGACGUUGGUGGAUUUGUUGGAUACACAGAAUAUUGCCUGGAGGGGGUAUUUUGAGGGUCUGCCAGGCCCCGGGUAUAUGUUCGCGGGCUCUACGGCGUUGAAUGGCAAUGGGUGGGACUAUGUGAGGAAACAUAAUCCUUUCGCAUCGUAUGACAGUAUCAAUCUCAAUGGCACGCGACUAGCCAAUCUCCUAAGUUUUGACGACUUCGAUCGCGAUGUCAAGGCGAAUACACUACCUCAAUACAUGCAUCUCUCCCCAGAUAUGCUGAACGAUGGGCACAAUACAACCCUAGAAUACGCAGCAACCUGGUCUCGAACAUUCCUCGAACCCCUACUCAAUAAUCCUCAGUUCAUGGAGAAAACGCUCAUCCUUCUCACCUACGACGAGAGCGCAACCUACCCUAUCCCCAACCGAAUCGUCUCUCUCCUCCUCGGCGGCGCAAUCCCCGAGAAUCUCAAAGGCACAAGAGACGAUACAGUCUACACCCACUACUCCAUCCUCUCCACCCUCGAAAACAACUGGAAUCUGCCCAACCUCGGCCGUUACGAUGUAGGCGCCAACGUAUUUUCAUUUGUAGCUUCGCAAACUGGCUAUACACGAAACCACUCCCCGUCGAAUUUCGCAAAUGCGAAUAACUCCCUCUCCUAUGGUGGGUUCUUGAACACCGAUCCAGCCAAAUACAAAAGGAUACCGUCUCCGAAUCUACAAUUAGUUGGAGCGGGAGGUCAAGGUGUGGAGAGGAUGGUAGGAAUUUCGUGGGCGCAACAUGCGGAUGAGAUGACGCCUUAUGAUGGGAGUGGAGAUCUUGCGGAUGGUGGGGAUGGGGUUUCGAGUCCGAAUGAGCCGAUUUAUAAGGUUCAGGCGCCGGCUGUGACAUAAGAGCUUAGGGGAAGAUGUAGCAUAGAAGGUCAUUUGAGCGUGGCGUUCGGUUUCCUUUGAAAUUGUUGGAUUUGGUGGUUAGAUACCAAUGCAUUACUUGUAAACAUAAAGGGCUGUCUUGGUUGAUGAAUGCGUUUGGCUUGACUACUAUGUGUUUCACCAUGCACCGGGAAUACAUGAGCCAAGGGCUGACCGAGCUUUGGGACAAUCCAGUUGACUGCGCCGGGGACGCUGAUUGUGCUAGUCGCGCUGGGUGCGCUGGAUGCGCUGAUUGCGCUGAUUGCGCAUUCAGCGUGGACGCCGCUAACUCCAAAUCUCAAAAAUCUCACCUCACCCAACCUC